GAUUCCAAACUUUAACGGUAAAUUAUUAUUUAAAUAAUUUUCUCUACAAGUAAAAUAAGUAAAACAAUACUAUUUUUAUUACAUUAAAAAAUAUCUUUAAAAAUGGAAUCAUCUUCACGUAUUGAUCAUAUGAAACAUGGCGUUAUUAUGGGUAGCGCUUUAGGUGUAUGUCUAGGGUUGGCUUUUGGAACAUAUCAUGUCUUAAAACAUGGACCAGGCACUAGAGGUUAUAUUUCAACCCUUGGCCGAUAUAUGGUAUCUUCAGCUGGUAAUUUUGCAAUAUUCAUGGGAAUUGGUUCGGCAAUUCGUCGUGAAGAACGACCAAAAAAUAUUAUGUUAAAACGACAUUUGGAACAACAUCAAAAAUUUUGUCAAAGAGGUUUCGCUAAUCUGCCUGUUGAAGUUUUAGAGAGAAAUCGUUGGGAUAGAAGAACUGUUGGAAUGUAAUCAAUGUAAUCUCAUUGUGAUACCUUGGAUUACAUCAAUCUUCUUUAUUACCGAUAUUUUAAUUGAUUACCUUUCUUUUUUCUUUUUUUCUUCAUUUUUUUCAUACAAAAUUAUAUCUUUAUUUAAAAAAAAAAAAAUUAAAAU